AUGAGUCGCUUCUUUGGACUUGGCAGUAAGAAGGAGCCGAGACGAAGUACUGAUGAGGACAUGAGCAAAAUGCAAUACUACACUCCCCGCGGCAGCAUACCCGCUACAGUUGUAGAAGAACAAGUCCGCCAACUCCCAAUCGACCCAAACGACGACAGCACCAACGGUCCUUACCCUCAUGUCUACCUGAACCAUGAGCCUACCAGCAAAGCGCCAGAUAAGACAAUCUUCCAGAAGUUCGAGCAGAGGAACCGUCCUGGCGACGUAAACCUGCACGAAGUCCCUGUAAACUGUCGCAUGGAUUUGAACAAAAAGUCCGCCCCUUUCGCAAAAGUCCAGAGGCGCGAGGAAAGACCCCACGAGCCUCGUGACAGAGGACGCAUCGUGCAGAAUGAACUCAACACCCCUGGUCCUUUUCGAGGCGUUGUCACUGUUGAUAGGCACACGGGCCAAUCUCAUGGUGUUGCUGGUGUUAUGUAUCAUCCUCAAGGAAACAGGCUGGCUUUUCAGAGGGCACAGAUGGAGCCGCUGGAUCGUGAGGGGAGGCAGUAUAUGCGUCGGUUUGCGGAUGAUGCUGCUGACCCUCACCGUGUGACGACUUGGCCUCCAAGGGAUGAAGACAGUGAAGAUCUUACGACCUAUGAGAAUCGGUAUAAACAGGUGAGGAAGACUCGACCGCCGCAGCAGACAAAGACUACUGGGAAGCAAAAGGUCCAAGGACAGUGA